AUGAAGCUUCAUAAAGCAUACAAGCUCUAUCAGGAACGUGGCGAAGACACAUUUUGGGCAAGCCGUACAUUGAAAGCCGCCGAUCAUAUGCUGUUAAUCACCAGUGCAACUAUCGCCAAAAAGGCAGGAUGUAUGGUCCAAGAAGCGGGCCUUAAGGAGGCAAGGGCAGGGUUAGAACGAUACCCCACUAAUAUGCCGAACAUGGAGCCUUUGGAGGUGGUUGAUGUUUCAGAAGAGAAGGGGGAGGAUGAGGAGGAGGUAGUCGGCUUACUAGUCAAAGGAAUGGCGGGGUCUUCAGCAACAAUCAAGUCGGUAUCAACCUUGUCGCCCUUCAAUGUCAUCAACGCAGCUGGCCGGAAGCGUCUACGCGAUCCAUAUGAUGAAGACUACAGAAACCCGCUCGACGAUACGCCGCCAACAGGAAAAUCCCCAAGCGAGACAUGGAUUCAGGAGAGACCUGCAUUCACAUUCAGGCUGCCACUUCGGAACGACUGGGGUCCAAAGGUGACGGAGUUAUACGAUGCGGCCAGGGCCAAAAAAUCCUUCACUCACAAGAACUUGGAUGAGAUCUCGUUGCUGACUGGAGUCUUGCACAUCAACAAGACCCACAUUGGAUUGAAUGCGGAUGAUAUCGCUGCUAAAUGGAACUCUAUGAAGCUGCGACAUGAGCUUGGCAAGGCGUCUGGGGCACCUGGCUUGGCGGACCUCUCUAUGCAGCCGGUUUUGGACAUGAUCAUGGAAGCUUACAAUACAUGCAAAGACCAACAGAUCCUCCCGCUUCAUACAAUUGCACAGUAUGUGUUCCGCCAUUUGGAUGACUGGGGAACGCUUGAGAGCGAAUCGGAUGCUAUGGCUUCUGUCAUUACUCCAAUUCUCCAAGAGUUCAUGACGGUACCAGGUCAUAUCAAGUUCAAAUGGACCCCACCCAAGAACAUCAUCCAAGGAUGCUGA